CCACGUUGAAGCAGGAAAGAGACUUCAGGAUAAAUAAAACUCGUUGGCAGGUUAGUUCUGUAUUGGAGUGUCACAUCGACGAGACGUCGUUUUGGAUUUUGAGAGAAGAAGACGGAGCAGAUACAGAGUCUCUAAAUGGCUGCGAGGAAGUCUGGAUCAGAUGCAUACAACAAUGGACCCAUCAGCUACCUUGAUGACGUUCCCUUCAAGAUCAAUGAAAAGUUCCGCUGCCCGGCCAAAGUGGGACUGCCUGUUGGCUUCUGUCUGCCAGACUGUGGCUCUUUGUUGGUGGACACAGAGUACGACUUUUCCCUGGAGAAGCGUAGUGUGCGCUGGGGGGUUGAAGUGGCUGAGGCCCGAGCAGCCGAGGCCAGAGCAGAAGAGGCAGCAGCCAAACAGGAGGCAGAGAACAGGGAGUGUUUGGCUAAAGCUCAGGACAUUGAUGGUGGUGGAGGGAAGAACCCCUUGUCUGCUGCAGAGGACCAUGACCCUCCACCACCAGCGUUGAACCCCGUCCUGGCGGGACUGAGACAUAACGCUAUCCUCACUCCACUGCCUGCACCAAGCCUUGGCCCCAGGAAAACCCAACCUAGCACUCCUCAGGCACACAGCCUCAACCUAGCUGACUUUGAGCGGGAGGAGGACCCCUUUGACAAGCUAGAGCUCAAAACAUUGGACGAUAAGGAGGAGCUCAGGAACAUUCUACAGAGCCAGCCCCAACCUCAACCUCCUCCUUCUGUAUCACCACCAGAGGUCUCUCAGCCAGGGUCAGCGUCGCGUGGAAACAGCCCGUCUCCUCCCAGCACCAACACCAGCCUAUCAGCCAAACCCGGCUUCGCCCACAAACCCAACGGGUUGGUUGCCUUGCUGGACAUGGACAGAGUUGGGCAUCCUGGGAGAACAGGGUUUGACACAGAUGAUCGACCCUGUAACAUCCGCUCUCUUAGUUUUCCCAAGCUUUCUGACUCUGACCCGGUGAGGUACAGCCCACUCCCUGCACCUAUCCCUGCUGCGCGACAGAGCCUACCCAACGGCAGUCCGCCGACCAUUCCCAAAACUGAAGUUAUUGUUGCUCCUAUGCCACCCAGCCACAUCAAGAGUGGUGCACCAAAACCAGUCAACCCGGGGACAGGAUCUGCUGGUCUGCCGUGUGGCGGAGCCCUACUCAGCAUGACCCCUAGUGAGCAGCAGUGUGUGGAAACCCUUGUGAGCAUGGGCUAUUCUUAUGAGGGUGUCCUACGGGCCAUGCAGAGACAAGGACAGAACGUGGAGCAGGUACUGGAUUAUCUGUUUGUCCAUGGACGCCUGUGUGAGCGGGGCUUUGAUGCAAGUGCAGUGGAGGAAUGUUUAGAGAUGUACCAAUGCUCAGAGGAAAAGGCAUUGCAGUUCCUUGAACUAAUGUCGAGAUUUGGCGAGAUGGGAUUUGAGCGGGAUGCUAUCAAAGAGGUGCUGCUGGCCCACAACAAUGAUCAGGACAAAGCUCUGGAGGACCUCAUGGCUCGUGCCGCAGCUAGCUGAGCCAAGCUAACCAGCCAACCAAAGCCCGGCCCAGGGCUUGCCUCCCGCUACCACCCGACACAGCCCCUUUCCUUCUGCCUACCCUAUCACACCAUGCCCUGCCCUUGCCUCGGCUGUGGAAGGGACAGCUGGGAGACAAUUAUAUUUCUCUCUGUGCUAAAACGUAUUGUGUCUCAGCACUUCUUAAAGACUAUGUGCCUACAGUGGAGGAGUCAAAAGUGUAACAAUACUUCAUGGUGGUGUUUUUUUCCCUAAAACAUCCUGGUGUUAGAUUCCAGGAUUUGGUUCUGCUGGGGUAUUCAAAAAUUGGAGGAACGACUGAGCUGAGAAAGGAGGAGCUGGAAGAAUUGGGCAGUGGUGUUUUUGAUGCCAUUUUUGAUUUGCUUCCACUUGGAAGUGCUUAACUCACAGCUCCACUUGGAAGUGCUGAUCUCACCGCAGGCCAAGCUGCAGCAGGACUGAAUGGAGAGGAACUGGUGACGUGUGUGUGUGCAUCACAGAAAGACAAAUUUGAACUCCUGAAACUCCUAAACAACUAAGCUGCCAUCUUCCACUGCUCAAUGCAGACGGCCUAGUAAACGGUGGAGGGGAUAGGGGGCCUUGAAACAUCGACAAAUAUCAGAAGUAUACCAAGAGAGGAAAAAACAAACAAAGGCACUGUUACCAGACAGAGAACUGACUCAAGAAGUGCCCUCUUUGCGCUGGUGCCCAACACCUGUUCUAUUUAAUGCUUUCAUUCAUUCAUUCAUUCAUGUCUGUUUUUCUGUUCAUUUGGGCACUUUUUCAUGUCAGUUUAAAGAUUUCCAUUUAUAUGCUUUCUGAUUUAGAAUUUCCACAAUAGAUCCUUUGUCAUUAUAACUCAGAACAUAAGAAAUACUACUGCCCCAGUACACUCUUCAACCUGCACUGGAAUCGCCUGCUAAAAAAAGUGGGAAGAGAUGGGGAGGAAGUCACCCUGUAGGAAAUAUAUAUGAAAUAUCAUAUACCCCACUGACACAGAUGUGUCACAUACUGCACAGGCGCCCAUACACACACACACGUACACACGUACACACGUUUCUUUAUGAUCUACUUAUUUAAAAUAGUACACUGACACUUUCAUUUAAAAAUAUAGAGUUUGAUAUGAUAAUGUAAGAUAUGUUAACAUGCAAAAGUGACACGUUUAACUGUCAUGGACUUCUGUGUGCAGACUGGAAAAAGGGUGAGUGGUUAAAAAAAAAAUUAAAUGUAUGGUUGUCUAUUUCAGCCACAUCACAGUGCAAUAGAGACAUUUCAUAUUGUGUGACUGUUGACUGGCACUUUGAGCCUCUGUAAUUAUUGGGAGAUAAGGAAUGGUGUUCAAGCCUUGCUGGAAAUUUGGAUGUAACUAGAAAAGGUUUGAUUUCAGUGAUCUCUAUCUUUUGUUCUGUCAUGCCACAAAAAUCUAAUCAAACAUGACUUUAGGUUGUUGACUUGUCUAUAUGGAUUUUUUUUCCCUCUCACAUGGAAUAAGAAGUGAGUGUUCAUCUUUAUUUGAGGUUUGUUGGCAUCUCCAUUGUCUUAAAUGAAAAGUAAAAAACAAAAAAGGUUCACAACUUCCACAUGUUAAAAACAUUUCCCAGUUGGUAUAAUUGUUGAAAAGGUGACAGCAUCCUUUUCAUUUUGAUAGUAUGUUUUGCUGGGUGUCUUGAGUUACAUGCUGUAUAUGUUUACAAAGCAUGUCUGCUUAAUUGCACCAAAGGGCAAAGAUGGCAGAAACUUCCAUAAUCUUGAGCUCUGUGGUAUUGAUGGGGAUUGUAAGAGACAUGGUAACAGAUAAAGGGCUUAAAGUCAGCAAAAUUUGGGCAGGUCCAAUGCUUAAUCCUCCGUUCCACAAAUACAAAGGGAACAUUACUAAUCACCGGUCUAUUUUGGAUUGACAGAUCUUUUCGUAGUGCAGUCUGUCGCCAAAGCAAACAUCAUAUUUUACGUGUUUGGUAGAAAAUAUUCUUGCCGACUGGACACUUCAAAUUAGUGGCUUUCACCUUUUCUCUGUGGUUAGAGAUCAUCCCCAAUGCACAUCCCAGUGUUUCCUCAAGUGACACACAUUAUAAAUCUGUUUUAAUUCAGUUUUUGCAUUUCUGUUGUGCUGUUAGUACAGCUUGCUUGCACAUUUGCUGUAGGCAUCUUAACAUAUGAAUAAGGUGUGAUGUUGGACCUGGUAUCCACACUUCAGCCAACAUUUUAAGUCUGAUAUGUGGUUUACAUCAUGUUAGACACAUGUGUUUUUACCUAGAUCUGUUU